AUGACAAUAUGUCAGUUGCCAAUUAUGACAGAUAGUCUUUUAGUUGUUGAGACGAAGGUGCAAUCUCUAGAGUCAUUAUGCUCGUAUUUCGUGAUAAUUGGCUUUAAAUGGGGUACUAGGGGUGGAGGGCGCCGCGACAGCGGGGAGGGGGCCUGCGCGUGCGCAUGUCCCCCCCUCACCGCGCCGCCCGCCCCUCCUCACCCCUUACGGGCCCUGGAAGACAUGCCGCCCGUACUCAGAUCGAAUCCGUUGUACACGGAGGAAGAGGAACAAGAGGUUGUCAUCAUAGUAGACUCGCUGGAGUCUUCAGAAGACGUUGAACCAGCCAGGGUCCCUCGAAGAGCACCAUCCACGUCUUCUGCAGGCUACGGCAGCGGGGGCGGGAGUCAUGGCCGUGUGUCGCCAACCUUACCAAAGACCGAGCAGUAUGAAACGCAGCCGAUACGACUGAACGACAAAAUAGAUGGAUCAAACACUUCAGACUCGGACGCCAGCCCCUCGUGCACACUGUCGCGGAGUCUGAAGGACGAUAUACGAGCCUGUUUGGGAGGUUGCAGGGAAUUCACAGAGAAACCGGCUGUGCGUUGGGAGAAGGACAUCACUCAUGUCGUUGAAGCAGCAGUUCGUGGUGCAGGUGGGAUUAGUGCUGCACGAGCUCGUCUUCAUGCUGCAUUACUGGCACUGCACGAACCCAAUAAUAGGACAACACUACCCUACUGUGGAACCGGUGUAAGGCCGGGAGAUGUCACUAUGAUGUCCAAAACACAGUCGUAUCUGACUUCAAGCGCUCUUUUCACGCUUGACAGCGCUCGCGGGGAAGAAUUAGCAAGAAGAUUGGCUCGUGGGCAAAGAACAAGAAGAAGAUGUAGAGCAGCACUUGCCCUAGUGGCGCUGCUGUUGCUGCUAGCGGCAGUUGGCGCCGUGGAACUACUCAUGUCCAGGGGACAGAGAAUGUUUGGAGCGGUCCUUAGAUGA